AUGAGAGCCUCUCGGGUGCUGUUGGUUGUGCCAGCCUUGGCUAACCUGGCAGCGACCCAAGAGAGCAUUGAUUUCUUGAGCAUCAUCGUUUCCGAGGCCAAUUCAGUCUAUACACAGGUCAACUCCAUCCUGUCAUCUGCGGCCUCCGCCGCUUCAGCAGCAGCAGCGUCUGCAACUGCGUCACCCACGGGAGACACUUCGACUACCGCCGAUGCGACUUCCCUCAGUCCAUCCGACUCUCUGACAGCAAGCGACGGCACGAUCUCUUCGUCUUUCUCGCCGUCGGAAUCGUCCAGUGCCACUUCAACAUCAGAUUCUUCAACGUCGUCACCCUCUUUACCCGUAUUCGGAUCGAUCAACUCCUCUUCUACUACAGUGAGGACCACCUCCCAUACCAGUACGCAGACCUCCUCAGCGGAUCCUUCUUCCGAGACUACGCCCUCUUUGACGUUGUCGACGCCGAUAGUGGGAACAUCUUCAGGGUUUGGAGCCGCCGCGGAGACUGCCACGACCCUACCUUCUGCAUCAAGAUCCAGUCAUGGCACCAACCUGGCGAUCAUCCUUGGAUGUGUCCUUGGAGCUUUGGCACUCGGAUUCUUCAUCCUGGCCUUGGUGAUCUGCUGCAAGCGCAGGAGACAUGGUUCCUCGCCCCGCCACAGCGCCCUCUCCGCGGGCGACGAUGAAGUGGAAGCCUGGAGACAGACUCAGCCCGCUGGGCUGAUUCCAAGUCGUGGCGCUUCACGUCAUGCCCGUGGCAUCUCUGGCACAGCGCCCCUGAUGGCCGAGCAUCCGGCCUACCGCAAUUCCGUGCCACAAGAGAACCCGUUCGCUCCUGUUCCCCCUCCACCAAGGCGGACGGCACCAAAUUCCCGACCUGGCUUGACAGACGGCAUGGUUCCCGGUGACGAUCCGUUCGUCAACCCAAUUGCUAGACCUCCAAGCAUUCGCAGUCAAUCGUCCACAAGCAGUUCUCAGCCCAAAGGCGGUAUUGCAGCGGGUAUUGCGGCGGCUGCAGCUGGAGGAGCGCUCAUGCACGAACAGGACAAGCAUGAAGAUGAUGGAGCGAUCUUGACAAAUGACAGACCCGUGCCCGAACCUGCUGUCGGUCGGCGGGUUAGUCGUAAGCCCGUGCCUGUCAGUCAGGUCAACAACAGAGAUUGGCCGUACUCUCCCGUCUCGCCCAUCGAUCCCGCCGCUGAGAUGGCUGCACUGACGACCCAGAGUCCAGCGAGAAACAGUGACGAGAGCCAUCGGAGCUUCGGUCGCGACGCAGCUAGAGCCAACGCAGCGUUUGACCAGCAAUAUGCACCACCAAACGAUGACAACCAUAGCCAUAGUGGCGGCCACGGCCUCGAAGCAGUUGUGGCUCCGCUCGCUACUGGAGCCGCAGGGGGUGCAGCCCUGGCACAUCAUUCCGCCGAUCAAGAACGUCGCCGCUCACGAAGCAGCAGCAGCAGCAACAGCAAUGACCACAAUCGACGCUCCCGACCCCCACUGGCUGUUUUAGGCGACGACUCCGAUCAUUCGAGCUCAAGCAGGAACUCUAGGGAAAGCAGAAACAGCCGUGGCGGCAGUUACAAUGAUGCAUUUGCCUCCCAGGCGCAGGAGACUACGAUCCCAGCGCACACCGACCUUUACGGCGUGCCCUUUGCACCGGGCUCCCGCUCGCGAAGGAAUAGCGGUCACAACUCGGCUGUCCCUGGCGCGGCAGCAUUCAACUACGCAAAUCGCCCGACCAUUCCAUCUCCACUAUCCAGCGAAGUCCGUCCAGACACGAGUGCAGGCUACUCGCCUACUCGAAGCAGAGCACGUCGCAGCACCAGCGGCGGAUCACGAUACUCGUUCCCCUACGAACCCAUGGGUCACGACUAUGGCGCCUAUCCCGUCUUCUCUGCACCACACGCGGGGACUAGCGACUCUUUUCCUUCUCUUUCAUCACUCCCGCAACAGCCACAUCCUACCGCCAACCCCAACCCGGACAGAGCCAUCGUUGGUGACAAUGGGUAUCCCCACAUGAACGUCCCGCGCCGCAAGAGUGGUGGCGAGUACGAUAUCUCCGGAGGAUCGCUAGGUGCACAAACACUCCCACCUUCGACGGGCCCUCAAGACGAAGGACCAUUCGGUGUCGGCACGUCGCGUACUGCCACGAUGAAAGGCUGGGGCGGCGAUGACUCAACCUGGCGCAUAAGUGACGGUAUGCCUAGCGGGUGGCAGCGCGCCAGUAUCGACAGUCCGCGCAAUAGUCGAGACCUGGGAAUCCGUGACUCGGGAGUGGGCAUGAACGCUGGGAAGAGACGGUUGAGGGCGAGUGAUCUGGCUGGCAGGGACGACGGGCCAUACCAUGGGCUUGGACGGGCUCUCUAG